AUGCAGUUUGUCCAGGCUGCUAUAACAGUACCAAAGACUGGGCUACUUAUAAGGAACAGCAGAAACUUGUUUCUCAUAGUCCUGGAGGCUGGGAAGUCCGAGGUCAAGGUGCCUGCAGAUUCAGUGUCCGACACCACCACAUAUGCCACCGAGCGGUCCGAGCACUUCAAGCCCUGCCGAGACAAGGACCUGGCCUACUGUCUCAACGACGGCGAGUGCUUCGUGAUCGAAACCCUGACCGGAUCCCACAAACACUGUCGGUGCAAAGAAGGCUAUCAAGGAGUCCGUUGUGAUCAAUUUCUGCCGAAAACUGACUCCAUCUUAUCGGAUCCAACAGACCACUUGGGGAUUGAAUUCAUGGAGAGUGAAGACGUUUAUCAAAGGCAGGUGCUGUCAAUUUCAUGCAUCAUCUUUGGAAUUGUCAUCGUGGGCAUGUUCUGUGCCGCAUUCUACUUCAAAAGCAAAAAACAAGCUAAACAACUUCAAGAGCAGCUGAAAGAGCCACAGAGUGGUAAAAACUACAGUCUCAAAGCAUCCAGCACGAUGGCAAAGUCAGAGCACCUGGUGAAGAAUCAUGUGCAGCUGCAGAAUUACUCAAAGGCGGAGAGGCAUCCCGUGACGGCACUGGAGAAAAUGAUGGAGUCAAGCUUUGCUGGCCCCCAGUCAUUUCCAGAGGUCCCUUCUGACAGAGGAAGCCAAUCUGUCAAACACCACAGCCGGAGUCUCUCCUCCUGCUGCAGUCCAGGACAGAGGAGUGGUGUGCUCCACCGGAACGCCUUCAGGAGGACACCCCCCUCACCCCGAAGUAGGCUGGGUGGGAUUGUGGGGCCAGCGUAUCAGCAACUUGAGGAAUCAAGGAUCCCCGACCAGGAUACAAUACCUUGCCAAGGGAUAGAGGUCAGGAAGACUAUAUCCCACCUGCCUAUACAGCUGUGGUGUGUUGAAAGAUCCCUGGACUUAAAGUAUUCAUCCGCCGGUUUAAAUACUCAACAGGAUGCAUCAGCCCAUAUGCAACUGCCUUCGAGAGAGACAAACUCCUAUUUUAAUAGCUUGGAUCAAAAGGACCUGCUGGGGUAUUCAUCCCCAAGGGCCAGUUCAGUGCCCAUCAUCCCUUCAGUGGGGCUAGAGGAAACCUGCAUCCAAAUGCCAGGGAUUUCUGACGUCAAAAGCAUCAAAUGGUGCAAAAACUCCUACUCUGCUGAUAUUGUCAAUGUGAGUAUUCCAGUCAGCGAUUGUCUUUUAGCAGAACAACAAGAAGUGAAAAUACUGCUAGAAACUGUCCAGGAGCAGAUCCGAAUUCUGACUGAUGCCAGGAGGUCAGAAGACUACGAACUAGCCAGUGUAGAAGCUGAGGACAGUGCGAGUGAAAACACCGCCUUUCUCCCCCUGAGUCCCAUGGCCAAAUCGGAACGAGAGGCACAAUUUAUCCUAAGAAAUGAAAUACAAAGAGACUCUGCGUUGACCAAGUGACUUGAGACGUAGGAAUCUGUGCAUUCUAUGCUUUGCUCAACAGGAAAGAGAGGAAAUUAAAUACAAAUUAUUUAUAUGCAUUAAUUUAAGAGCAUCUACUUAGAAGAAACCAAAUAGUCUAUCGCCCUCAUAUCAUAGUGUUUUUUAACAAAAUAUUUUUUUAAAGGGAAAGAAACGUUUCAGGAGGGAUAAAGCUUACAACUAAAGCUUUCGGGUGGAAUUCUGAAUACAAUUUCAGUUAGUCCCAACAUUAUCCUCUUUGGCUCUUGGUAGAUGCGGGCGAUUCAGACCCUCAGCCCCACAGCACUGUGUGCUCGUCCAAAAGCACUGGCAGGUACCUGGUUUCAGAGACCAGCUGCGCCCGAGGGCGGGUGUGCCUGUGCGCAGACAGCCCUUGCCAUUUGGCUUGGCAGUCCCAACCCCUAAAUUUCUCUUCACUCGACAGCCUCAUCACAGGUUAUGUCAUGUCAACCAAUGUAGUGUUUUCUAUUUCAUUUUGAGAACGGCCCAGGCCUGGGGAGGAGAAGGAGGACAGAGAUAGAGGGAGCCAUUGGGGGCAAACUCAGCUGCUGUUCCGUGCCAUCUUCCUCUGAAAUUUGAAGGUGCAGAAUCUCAGAGCAAGAUAUGAAAUCAAUCUAUAAAAAAGGACAAAAAAAUCAGUGUCAUGUCACUAAAGUCAUGCUGAUAGAAAUGUUUUUCUUUGAGAUCGUUUAGGACGCCAAAGGAGCAUUUCUCAGUGUGUGUGUGCGCCUGUGUGUGUGUGUUUGUGUGUGAGAGAGAGAAAAUGUGUGUGUGUGUGUGUGUGUGUGUGUGUGUGUGUGUGUGUUUGCUCCCUCGAGCACUGGUAUGCUGUAUGCACAUGUGUUCAUUGUAUGUGUGUGCAUGUGUGUGUGUGUGUAUUAAGCUUGCUAAACUUUGUUCUGAAACAUCAGGGAAUCUAAUAUUAAAAAAAAAUUUCCCUCUUAGAUCUGUUCACUUUAAAUUUUUCCAUUAAGUAUAAAGUUCAGUUAGUAAGUUCUUACAUCAAAGUCACUUGCAUGGUGGGGUCCUAUAAAACUGUUGACAAUGUCUAGACCAUUUUCUGAUGUGAAUACUUCUGAGAGGAACAACUGUAGGUUCAUUGAUGAUAUCUGUAUCACAGGAGAGUUGAAUGUGUGUGUUUAUUUUGAAUCAUGCGUACUUAAAUUAUUCACACAAGCCGAUGACCAAAUUGACAGUUAUCCUUUGCUUUUUCAUGAGCCUCAUUAGUAUUUAUUUUGUAGUUAGUCUACAACUUGUGGACCAAGAUAUUGGCUUCUGUGGUUAAUAUGGAAAGAAUAAAUUGUUGAAAUCACAAAGGCGAGUAUUCAGUUCACAGGAAGUCCUCAAAAGAACAGUAAAUUGUAUUGUAUGUUCCUUUGGAAUAAAGCAAUAUUUUUACCACUGCUGAGGUGAGCGGGGACUCCUCCUGGAGAUUUGUCUGUUUUAUUUACCCUUAUUUUGAUGGGGGCAUUCAAGAAAAUUAGUGUUCACAUAACCAGUCUUUUUCCAAUUAUUGGUGGUGUUGUUAUGUUUACACUGUUUUAAAUAAAAAGGCACAGUAUUUGAAAGUAUAUAAAAGAUUUCUUUUACUGCAGUUGGGGAAACCUUAUUUAAAAUUUUCUUUUUCCAUUGAGAAGAAAUGUAACUAUUUCAGCGUCAGACAUCGAACAUAUACAACACUUUUUUGAAGUUAAGUUGUUUCUGUUGAAAAUACUUUGCAAAUUGCUCUUUGAGAACAUUCUUUAAUAAUAGACACAAUGCCACACAGGGAAGAAAGGACAGUAUGUUUUUCAGCACUGUUUUGUGAAAAUUCAAGGUCUCAAAUGUUGAAAACAUUUUGGUAGAGAUGCAUUUUAUAUGCAACAAAAGGUUCGUGGUACUCAUCAGUUGUCCCAUUAUAGUUUUGUUGUUUUUUAAUUUAUAGGUAAUGUUAGCCUCUUAAAAGAUGUUUAUAUAUUUUUUAUUUCUAGAUCAUCUGUGUUCUCAUUUUAAAAUUAUGAUAUCUUUGGGAAAAAAUUGGAAAAAUAGUCUUAGCAGGUAUAUAAAACCCUCUUAAGGUACAUAUAAAAUAUGUUAUUGUG